AUGGAGAAGGAGAGGGUCCACGAUGUGAUGUUGUUUGGGUUCACUCACAGCACAAGCAACAAGCACACAGAUUUCUUGAAUCCAAAUUCAGAAUUAGAUGGUGAUGAUAACGUGGGAAUCAAGCAGCAGAAAAGAGUAAGAGAUAUCUAUCAAGCAGCUUAUGGUGACUGA